CGCCGGAUUCGGGCUGGUGAGUUGCUUAGUUUUGAGAGCUAGCGUGUGUUUGUUUGGCGGUUUCUUUCUUGUGGAGGUUGGUAUGCGCGCGUCGAUUGCUGGUGAGAAUUCGGAGCUCCCUAGGGUUUCUCGAGCUACUCGAGAUCCUUCGAAUCAGGCCUGUCUAGAAGUAGAAAUUGCGGAUUUCCGGGGGGGUUUUUGGAUGGAUUUAGGAUGGCUCGUGUAGAUUCUGCUCUCUUGACAUCAGGGAGGCAUUGGAACUGACUCUGGAUUGUAUAGAGAAGGCGGUUACUUUCGGGCAAAGUUUAGCUUUCGUUCUUGCAGUUUUUGACUGCGCGGUCGUGGAUGGAAGGAAGGAGGGCUUUGGCGUUUCCUCGAACUGAUGCCCACAGUUUAAGAGAACAGGCCGCUAGGACGGUUCUUCGCAACGUUAGGUUACAGGGGCACUCCUACGUCGAGCUUCGCGAGGAUAAUAGGAAGUUCAUUUUCUUCUGUACUCUGUGCCUGUCGCCGUGUUAUGGCGAUUCGGUGUUGUUCGAUCACCUCAGGGGGAAUCUCCACAACGAGAGAUUAGCUACCGCGAAGGUUACCCUCUUAGGACCCAACCCGUGGCCUUUCAAUGACGGCGUUCUGUUCUUUGCUCGUUCGGCCGAGGAGGAUAAGCCGAUGGACAUUGCAUACGGCGGUCGGAACAGUCUGCUGGAGUUGAACAAGAAUGAAAAUCUUGCCAUUGUUCCGUAUGAUGAAAACUCCAAGCUCGCAACUAAUGGACACGAUGGGCUUCAUAAUGCUCACCUGGGUGGUGAAGUUGGUACUUGUCUAGAGAGUUUGGAUGGUGAUGGAGGAGAUGGCGACCUUUUGAUUCCUGACGUGUUGGUCAAAGAUGGGAUCUGUGAUUUGCAUGCAAAACUUGUGGGUGUGGGACGGAUUGCUGCGCGAUUUCUUGAGAAAGAUGAGGUGCUGAAUGGUAUAAGUAGAAUAUGGUGUGAAUGGCUAGGCAAAGAGAUUCCUGUUGACGAUGAUCCACUACAGAUUCCAAAGCAUGACUUCGCCAUUGUGACUUUAGGUUACAAUUAUGAUUUAGGUAGGAAAGGGUUGUUCGGUGACGUAAAGACCUUGCUCUCUUCUAGUCCUUUGUUGGCAUUGGAGGAUGGUGGGAACAACGAUAGGAAAAGGAAGCCAUCUUUUUCUGACCCGGAGGAUAUAAGUGACUCUUUGAGUAAUCAGUAUGAUUCGUCUGGAGAAGGUUCGGCGGCUUCGAAUGGCUCUUCUCCGAGAUUGCUGUUGGAUAGAUACGAUGAUCAGCUUCUGCGUGCUAGAAUUACAUCAAGCAAAGCUGUAAGACGAGAACUGAGACGGCAUCAACGUAUAGCUGCAGAAAGAAUGUGCGAAAUCUGUCAACAGAAGAUGCUACCAGGGAAAGACGUGGCCACACUCAUCAAUAUGAAGACCGGAAAGCUGGCUUGCAGUGGUCGAAACUUGAAUGGGGCAUAUCAUGUUUUUCAUACUUCCUGCCUUAUACACUGGGUACUUCUCUGCGAAUUUGAAAUAGCUACAGGUCAGUUGGAAAAUCCAAAAGCGAAGAGGAGAUCAAGAAGAAAGAACGGACCUAAGUGCACUAAAUCAAGAGAAGAUGGUGACAAGAAAGCUGCACCUGCGCAAAUCCAUUCUGUGUUCUGUCCAGAGUGCCAAGGCACUGGUAUCAUGGUUGAAGGAGACAAUCUGGAAAAUCCAUCUGUCCCUUUGUCUGAGAUGUUUAGGUUUAAAAUUAAAGGGAGCGAUGCACGGAGAGCAUGGAUGAAAAGCCCUGAACGGUUGCAGAAUUGCUCAGUGGGGUUUCAUUUUCCGCAGGAUUCAGAAGGGCAGGUUGAAGAAAAGGUGAUGCCCCUGAAGGUGCUGCAUUUCUAUGGAGUCGUUGAUUGUGGCAGUCCAGAACGUUCCCGAGAGCUUUGAAAUCGACUUAACAGCUUCCCCUAUUACUGUCUGCUUUAUAGCAAAGCUAGGUUUGUUUUUCACUUUAGGACAAAAAAAAAUUGCAGCCUUCAGGUAGAUGUGAUAUAGUGGAGCCACUAGCUUCCUGUUGAUCAAUGUAUAUACUUGCUGUAUGAAUGAAUACUGUAACUGAAUGCUGUUGACAUUUCCUAGUUUUUAAUGACGAUUAGUGAUUGCACUUUGAUUUGGAAA